AUGAGGAAGUAUUGUUUCGAAAGAAUCGGGACUUGGAAAUUCCGAAAUUCAGAGUUUCAGGUUUUCAGAAUUUCAGAAUCUCAGAACUACAUAAUCUCAAAACCUCAAAAUCUCAGAAUCUCAGAAUCUCAGAAUCUCAGAAUCUCAGAAUCUCAGAAUCUCAGAAUCUCAGAAUCUCAGAAUCUCAGAAUCUCAAAAUUUCGGAAUCUGGGAAUAUUGGAAUCUCAGAAUCUCAGAAUCUCAGAAUCUCAGAAUCUCAGAAUUUCAGAAUCUCAAAAUUUCGGAAUCUGGGAAAAUCGGAAUCUCAGAAUCUCGGAAUCUCAGAGUCUCAGAAUCUCAGAAUCUCAGAAUCUCAGAAUCUCAGAAUCUCAGAAUUUCAGAAUCUCAAAAUUUCGGAAUCUGGGAAUAUCGGAAUCUCAGAAUCUCGGAAUCUCAGAGUCUCAGAAUCUCAGAAUCUCAGAAUCUCAGAAUCUCAGAAUCUCAAAAUUUCGGAAUCUGGGAAUAUUGGAAUCUCAGAAUCUCAGAAUCUCAGAAUCUCAGAAUCUCAGAAUCUCAGAAUCUCAGAAUCUCAGAAUCUCAGAAUCUCAGAAUCUCAGAAUCUCAGAAUCUCAAAAUUUCGGAAUCUGGGAAUAUUGGAAUCUCAGAAUCUCAGAAUCUCAGAAUCUCAGAAUCUCAGAAUUUCAGAAUCUCAAAAUUUCGGAAUCUGGGAAUAUCGGAAUCUCAGAAUCUCGGAAUCUCAGAGUCUCAGAAUCUCAGAAUCUCAGAAUCUCAGAAUCUCAGAAUCUCAGAAUCUCAAAAUUUCGGAAUCUGGGAAUAUUGGAAUCUCAGAAUCUCAGAAUCUCAGAAUCUCAGAAUCUCAGAAUCUCAGAAUUUCAGAAUCUCAAAAUUUCGGAAUCUGGGAAUAUCGGAAUCUCAGAAUCUCAGAAUCUCAGAAUCUCAGAAUCUCAGAAUCUCAGAAUCUUAGAAUCUCAGAAUCUCAGAAUCUCAGAACUUCAGAAUCUCAGAACUUCAGAAUCUCAGAAUCUUAGAAUCUCAGAAUUUCGGAAAUCUCAGAAUCUCAGAAUCUCAGAAUCUCAGAAUCUUAGAAUCUCAGAAUCUCAGAAUCUCAGAAUCUCAGAAUCUCAGAAUCUCAGAAUCUCAGAAUUUCAGAAUCUCAAAAUUUCGGAAUCUGGGAAUAUCGGAAUCUCAGAAUCUCAGAAUCUCAGAAUCUCAGAAUCUCAGAAUCUCAGAAUCUCAGAAUCUCAGAAUCUCAGAAUCUUAGAAUCUCAGAAUCUCAGAAUCUCAGAACUUCAGAAUCUCAGAAUCUUAGAAUCUCAGAAUUUCGGAAAUCUCAGAAUCUCAGAAUCUCAGAAUCUUAGAAUCUCAGAAUCUCAGAAUCUCAGAACUUCAGAAUCUCAGAAUCUCAGAAUCUCAGAAUCUCAGAAUCUCAGAAUCUCAGAACUUCAGAAUCUCAGAAUCUUAGAAUCUCAGAAUCUCAGAAUCUCAAAAUUUCGGAAUCUGGGAAUAUUGGAAUCUCAAAAUCUAGAAUCUCAGAAUUUCAGAAUCUCAAAAUUUCGGAAUCUGGGAAUAUCGGAAUCUCAGAAUCUCAGAAUCUCAGAAUCUCAGAAUCUCAGAAUCUCAGAAUCUCAGAAUCUCAAAAUCUCAGAAUCUCAGAAUCUCAGAAUCUCAAAAUCUCAGAAUCUCAGAAUCUCAAAAUCUCAGAAUCUCAAAAUCUCAGAAUCUCAGAAUCUCAGAAUCUCAGAAUCUCAGAAUCUCAGAAUCUCAGAAUCUCAGAAUCUCAGAAUCUCAGAAUCUCAAAAUCUCAGAAUCUCAGAAUCUCAGAAUCUCAGAAUCUUAGAAUCUCAGAAUUUCGGAGUUUAA